ACAAACCAUUAAUUUGCUGUCAGCUGUGUUUUGAUAAAUGACAGUUCCGUGUUUUCACACGAAAUUCCAAAACUAAACAGCGAGAAUCUGUAAAUUUUUAGUUUUCGUGUUUUCUCGAGCAUAAUAAACGAUGCCAGAGCCCCGGAGUCCAAUGGCGAGUUUCGCCCAGUCGGUCCACAAUAUCAUCGACGGACCUGUAACUUGGUUCAGAGAAACUAUCGUAGAGCCAAAUCAAAAGAAGCAAGCAUGGUACCAUCAACGUUUCCAACGUGUACCCACAAUCGACCAAUGCUACACUGAUGAUGCCGUGUGUCGCUUUGAAGCCGACCAGCAGUUCCGCCGUGACCGAAUGGUCGAAAACGAAAUUGUUUCGAUUUUACGUCAACGUUUCGAGGACUGCACAUUAUAUGAAGCACCGGAUCAUAUGAAAAAAUGCAAACCAAUUUUAGAGCAAUACGAGAAGGCUGCUGAGAAUUGGUUUAUAAAAUACGGUGACUUGGGAGGAUAUGCCAAUGCGAAAAGUGCGUAUAUGAAGCAAAAGCAUCGAUUAAUAUGGGAACGCCGCCAUGGACCUGUCGGUAGCGGAAUGAAAUCCGAAGAAGCGUCAGCCAGCCCAGCUGCAGAAGAGUAACAAAACCCAUUGUUUGUGUAACUAAUAUUAGAUAUUGCAAUAAAAUGUAAUUAACGGUGUAAGUUAGUAAUCGCUUCUGUCAAAACCAAAACUUGCAGAUUAAAAUGAUACUUAUACCGAUUGAAAAUGAAUUCGCAAAAUGAGUUCUCGUGCUUAAAUUUGGAUUUUAGUUAAACAUGGUCACUGGAGAAUAUAUGCAUACGAUAAAACAUGCCAUGUAAAUUUCAACUUGAAAAUAAGCUAAGUAAGCUAACCUAGCAUCAAAUUUCAAUGCUUUAUAAAUAAAACGUAUCAUUUACAUGGUAAACUGAUGUAAAA